GGCGGACGGAGGGGGGCCGAGGCUGGUGACGGGGGUGGGGGCUGGGUUUUCGCUGACUUCCCUUUGACUGGAAUCUCCCGUGACCCCAGCCUUCUCCGUACGGGCCGGUCUUUGUAGGCCAGCUGCGCUGUCUGGGGAGCGACUGGCGUACUGCGGUCUGGCUGCGUUCCAAUGACUCGACAGCUUCCUGUCAGCUGGGUAACUUUCCUGAAGGCAACGACGCUUUCCAAAUAAAAUACUUUAUAAACAAAUUAUGAGACAUUGUGAAUAGUUCUUCCCCUGUGUGUACAUACUGCAGUGUUCAUUAUGACGUGCUUAAUGUUCCUAUUAAAGAAUGCUUUGAUCUUUUUUUAAGCAACUGGAUAUCAAGAGGUGUUGAUUCGCAUCGACGCUAGCCUUACUGACAUUUUCGUUUCGUUUUAGUUGCCGUAGUCAUUAUUUAACGACCAUUGCGUUCUUUUAAGAAUUUGUUCGUGAAGAUAGAAACAUAUGGUAAACGAAUUCGUGUUUGUAUCUUGUCGCAGCCGAAGAUUAGCUAUUGAUUCCCUUUUUCGGUGAGCACAGUGCGUGUGUCCUCUGUUUUUCUCCAGUGUUUUCACGGGGAAUUAUAUUCAGCGAGAUUUACUGGAAAUUCAGGGAGGAACUUUCAUGUUCAGUCGGGGAGGGAGGAAUUGUCUACGUCGACAUUUUUUGUCCAGUUGAUGCUUUCGACAAAUAGUUCAUUUUAAACCUUGCAGCGAAUGUUUAAAAUAAAAAGGUUCUGAUAAUUAAACUUUCAGCGUAGCUGGCCAGAUAUCGAUCGUAGAUGAACAACUUCCUUUGCUCGUGUUUCAAAAGCGAAUUCCAUUAGAGUUUAUUUUUCCUCCCUAAAGAGCUUCAAAACAUCUCCUAUAUGUAAACGGACUGCAGUAGAAAUUACUUAAAUACUCUGAUAUGAUAUUAAAUAUUCUCGGCAGAAAAAUAUUGUACGGAAAUAUUUAAUGAAGUGAAGAAACUAAAACAUCGUUUAAUGCACAUAAGACGCAUGGCCAUGCAGAGCUGUUUUCUAAAAAUGGAUCUAUUUUGUACCAUGGUUACAAUUUGUGGAACAACUCUCAUUGGACCUUUGAAUUGAUAGCUUACUGUAUUUUGAUAUUGAUUUUAUUAUGUGCAUACCUCCCAAAUAAGUGUAUCUAUAAACUACAGUUAGAUGGCAGAGGUGCAGGUGUCAGAGAUGGAUAAAUCAUGGAAUAACAGAGCAGGCAGCUCAUAAUGCAUACAUACAUACACACAUGCAUGCAUAUGCAAAUACAUACGUACAUGCAUGCCCUCGCGCACUGGAUUUUAGUACCGUCAAUAACGGUAGCUGCUUGUUUUAUUAUGCACAUGCGCAACUGGGGUUUAUUUUGGUAAUCUUGGGAACUGGCCUGUGUACGAUUCUCAGGGUCAUUUGUGUUGCAGAACUGAAACUGUUCCAUGCUUUUAGCUUUUAGCUUUUAUUUGCUGACAGGCACCAAGCGCUAACUUUCCUUUUUAUCUUUUAUCCACUUAAACAAAUCAGUCUGAACUGCUUCAGUCUUAGGCUUGUGGUGCUUCUGAGUUUGGUCUCCCCUCUCUCCUUUUGUCUUUAUUCUAGUUUCACUUGACUAUGGUGUUCUAUUAAAGGGGCAUCAAAGUCUCUCUCUCUCUCCCUUUCUCAUAUAAUUUAAAUUUGCUUUAUUGGCAGGACAACUGCAGUUAUAUUGCCAAAGGAACACAUAAUACACAGAAACACGGAAACCACAUAUACAACAUGCAACAAGUAUGACCCACAACACUAUGAUAAUAAUAACAGCAACAACAACAAUAAUAAUAGCAAUAAUAAUAACAAUAACAAUAAUAAUAAUAUCAACAACAAUAAGAAUAAUAAACAUGUUCACAGAAUGUAACAAAAACAACAUUCAUUUCAGGUGUGAAGAACAUAAUAUCGUAAUAUAAACAAAUAUGAGAAUAGUAUAAGUUUUUUUUUAUUUUAAAAGAACAAUUGUGGUACAGUAAGUUACCUUUUUUAACUUGGUCAACAAAUAACAAUUGUAAAUAAUACAUUUUUUUAAUAUAAAUAUUUGAUGCAGAGAGUGUUCACUUUAUGUCCCUCAUCUUGCGGCAUGUGGCUACAUAUUUAGCUGCUUGAGGGGCUAUAGGCCCUUCUCCUAAUAUUAUAGACAAUUUUUCUUUGUCACUCAUCCUUAGGCUGUUGGGAAAAAGAGUAUAUCUCUCUCUCAUCUGUCUGUGGAUUUUAGGGCCUCUAUUCUCUUUCUCACAAUGUUCCUUGGCCCCUCCCCUUGGCCCCAGGCCCCUCCCCCUGUUGUCGUGGGUGAUAGAGAGCAGUCAGCCGUCUGCCAGACGGACCCUGGCUGCAGACCUGUUGAGCAGCAGUGGGUGAAUGUGUGUGUGUGUGUGCAUGCGUGUAUAUGUGCGGGAGAGUGUGUGUGCACGCUCGCUCGCGUGUGUUCUCCUGCGGGCGAGCCUCUUGUUGGAAUGAGAAGACUGUGCAGCCUCUUCCAGGAGAGCGGUUCCUGGCCCUCUGGCCAUGCAGUGUAGCGCCCAGCUGGAGUUUGUGCAGAUCCUGCUGAUCGUGGUGGUGAUGAUGGUGAUGGUGGUGGUCAUCACCUGCCUGCUCAACCACUACCGGCUUUCAGCCCGGUCCCUGGCCUCUCGCCACAGCCAAGCCCGUCGACAGCGCCUCCCCCAGGCCUCCGAUGGGAGUCUGUGGUCCUCAGAUGGCCCUGGGACCUCUAGUGGGAUGAAUGAGCCGCAGGUGUACACCCCCAGGCCGCCGGACCGAGCGCCCGCCUACCUUCAGAGGGAACGUCUGCCCCGGUUCCAGCCCACCUACCCCUACCUGCCCCACUCGAUCAUCGACCUGCCCCCCACCAUCUCCCUGUCGGACGGGGAGGAGCCGCCCCCGUACCAGGGCCCCUGCGCCCUGCAGCUGCGGGACCCCGAGCAGCAGCUGGAGCUGAACCGCGAGUCGGUGCGCGCCCCGCCCAACCGCACCGUGUUCGACAGCCAGCUGAUCGACACCAGCGCCUCCGCCGGGCUGCGGGGGGCGCCGCCGGCCUACAGCGAGGUCAUCGGCCACUACUACCACCCGUCCCUGCCCUCCCGGCACCAGCCGGGGCCCCCGCAGCUCCUGCACGGCAUCCUGCAGCACCACUCCCUGCCACAGGGGGCGCCGGAGUGCCGGCACGCGCGGGCCAAGGAGAAGCAGCGGCCGCAGCAGGUUUGAUGUCACCACAAACUGCCAAACCCCGCUCCCCCCCCACCCCCCCACCCCUCCACUCCCCUCCUUCGCACUUCCACAGAACUUGUCAGGGUAAGGAGGGGGAGGGGAUAGAAUGGCCACGCCCCUUCCCAAUCCCGAAAAAAAAAACCCCACCCUCAAACUUUGUAUAAAUAUUUACAUGUUAUUUGUCGUCUUUAGUGCUCACAGCUUUGUUUUCUACACUGACAGAAUCUGAAACGAACACAGGACGUGGUUUCCUUUCUUUCUCACCGUGUUUAACGUUCUGUGUUCCUGAGCUCCGGACUUCCUGUGAGUCCUCUGCUAAUUCCUGCCUGUCCUUGAUUUGAAAUGCUCAAAAGUCUUUAGAAUUAACAGGUCUUCCUUUUCUUAAGUGCAGAUGCUUAUUUCUUGUGUCGAGCGGGACUAUGGCCCAGGGCAUUGCCACUCCUCCUGAUCUCGGUUUCCUCCAUUGAGUCACCUCACCUGUCAGAGCACACCUGCGACCCCCCUAGAACACGUCAGCACACCUGCAACCCCCCUCCCAGAAUCCAUCAGCUUUGUGUCGGCCAUGUUGGAAUCCACUGAGUAAAUUCCUCUCCUGUGAUCUUUGGCCAUGUCCGUUUCACCGCACUUGCCUACUAUUGAGUAUACAAGUCGUACACAAGUUGCAUACAACUAGUGUACUCAGUAGUAGGCAAGUGCGCUGAUUCGGACACGGCCUUCCUCUUCAGUGCUUCAUGUUCUCUCUUAGUUUGUCAUAAGUCAUAAGUGGGGGGUGUAUCAUAGAUCAGGGGUGUGCCGACUCAGACCCCCCCCCCCCCCCAAUGUAUACUGCCUUCUGUUAUAUCUGAUUUCAUGGUCAGUUAAGGCUGCUAAAGCCAUGUCUAAGUUCUACCAUCAUUUUUUCCCCCUCAAACCUAUUUGGCUUAUUUUUGACAGAUUCCUCCCCCCCUCCCUCCUUUUCCUAAAUGGUUUAGUCCCAGAGACCAGCUGUCCACACCCUCAGCGCCUAGGACCCCACUGAUUUUACCUGUCUGUCAGUCAGUCAUUUCACCAGAUGAAGAAAUGUAGCCUCUUUGUGGAGAGAGAAUUACUCACAAAGCACACAACAGAAGAUGAAAGCCUUAGGAAAGGUCCUGGGGGUGUGAACAUGGGACAUUUAUUCUUCAUAAUGUGCACAGCUAGUUCCGACACGAUGUGGCCUUAUGGGUAAAUCAGCCCUCCGUACGCUAGAGAAGUGUCCCAUUUAGAAGAGCUCGUUACAGUCCAGCGGUUGCAGGUGUGAUGGGAAGGAAAGCCGGCCCGCUCCGGGCACAGCAGGUGUGAGGCGGAAUCUGACAGGUGCGGUCGCCGUGACCGGGGCUCCGUAACCACGGUUCCCCGGCUGAACCGCGCGGUCCGGAUCAGGCGGAGUGGAGCCCUGGCCCCUCGAAGUUCCGUUUUUGUGUCCUUAGUUACCUUCACUUCUGAGAAAUAUUUGCACAAAUUCUAUGGAAAAAGACUGUUUAUUUGGAGAAAAGAAAUAAUCUGCAAUAUGUGUGGUGAGAGAUGAUUUGCCUGGGCAGGGGUAUUUUUGUAAAAGAAAGGAUGAUGAAAAAAAAAGGAAAAUGUUUUCUUCUUGUUUAGAAAAAAAAAGAAAUGGCAGUUUGUCGGGGUGCCAACUCAAACGUGUUUGACAUUGUUAUACGUUAUGCAUUUGUAUGUAUAUGUAUAUAUGUGUGUGCACGUAUGUAUGCAUACACAUAUAUAUAACUGAAAAUCAAACUUAAAAAAAGCACGAUUUUAGAGUUAUUUAUAUAAAUGUUGAAAAGAAUUGCACUAUUUUUUAAUAUAAAAUGAUGGCAAGCCAAGGCUUGCAAACAGUUUUGAGAAAAGAAGAGAAAAACCUCUUAUGUGCAUGUGUGACCUUGAGCGAGAGAAACUUCUAGAGAACUCCAGAUGAAGGCUCCCCCUCUGCGGAGGGUCCAGAGGGCGUGGUCGGCAUCGCCUAGCAACCUGCAGCAGCAAGCCUGACACCCCCCCCCCCCCCCUCCUAACCAAUUGCUAUUUCUGAGACCGGUACCUAGCUAAC